AUGUCAAUCAUGGAUGAUUCAUCAAAUAUACAUGAAUAUAUUACUCUCAUUGAAAAUGGUAGAGGAGAUGAAGUAAUUAAAAAAUUAGAAACACAAAAUAAUAAUUGGGUUGGAAGAUCUUCUCGUGGUCUUAGACUAUUGUUUAGUUCAUGUAAAAAUAAUUGUUUACAGUUAGUUAAAUAUAUUAUUGAAAAAUUUCCACAUAGACUAAAUUAUCAAGAUAUUUAUGGAAAGUCAUGCAUUUAUGUAGCAAUACAAAACCAACAAUGGAAUAUUAUUGAAUAUCUUAUUAAUAAGUCUGUUAAUUAUCGUUUAGCAGAUAAAAAAGGUAAUACUGUUUUACAUUAUCUUUGUGAAAUUGGAAUUAACAAAAGAAAUAAAGAGGUUUAUGAAAAAUUUAUUAAUCAAAUGUUGAAAGAUAAAGAUGUUAUUAAUGCCCAAAAUGAAUUAGGAGAAACUGCAUUGCAUAUAGGUUGUUUAAAUUCAAAUAGUUUUGUUGUUAAUAGGUUAUUAGAUAAUAAUGCUAAUGUAACAUUAAAAACAAUAAAAGGAUUAACUCCUUGGGACUAUGCAAUAAUGUCUGAUGAAAUUUGUGUUGAAAGGAAAAGACUUGACCCAUCAACAAAUAUAAGAAUUACAACUACUAAAGGAUCAAAGAAAUCAAAAUCUUCUAAAGGAUAUAGAAAAUCAAGUAAAAUGACUGGGAUAAGUUCACAACUUUGCAUUGAAGCAUUAGAUGAAUAUCAAAGAUCUAUUUCAUUUAUUAGUAAAAAACGUAGAAAUAGUGUUUCUAGUUGUUCUAGUAUUACAAGUUCAUUAAAAAGACUAGAUGAUAUUGAUGUUAAAACAGAAGAAGUUAUUCAGAGAAGUUCAUCAGCCGAAAGAAAGUCAAGUGAUAAAAAAGAAAGUAUUUUUUCUUUUAUUAUUGAUUUUAUUGAAAAAAAAAUUGAGAGUGAUUCAGAUAGUGAAAAUGAUGAAAAAGAAAAGAAAGGAAAGAAAAUAGAUAAAAAGAAAAAAAUUUCAAAUCCAAUUUUAUUUGAAUCUAAUGAAGAAAGAAUUACAAGGUAUGGUAUUAUUGCUGAUGAACUAAUGAAACAAAUCGUUUAUUCAAAGAAAUUAGAAAAAAAAGAAUAUCAUUCAGGAGAAAAAUUUAGAGUAUUAUCACUUGAUGGAGGAGGAGUUAAAUGUAUUUAUCAAUGUGUAUUAUUAAAAAGAAUAAUUAAAGAAAUUCCUGAUUUCUUUGAUAAAAUUGAUUUAGUAACAGGACUUAGUGCAAGUUCAUUAGUUUCUGUUUCAAUAUUACUUGGAUUAGAUAUGGAAUUUGUUAUAAAAGUCAUGGAAGCAGUCUCUUUAGAAACAUUUAAAAAUGAAUCACACCUUGCUGGAAUUGCUGGGCAUCAAUUUACAAAUAAAUUUUUAAAGGUGAUGGGUGAAAGAUUAUUAGGUAAUCUUACUAUUAAUGAUCUUCCAAGAAAUUGUUGUAUUCAGUCAUUUCUUAUUGACACAGGAAAAGAUGAUACUAAAAGAACAUCAAAAGCAAUGUUGUAUAAUAAUUUUAUGAAAGAAACAUAUGAUAAAGAUCUUAAAAAUAUUUGUUUACAAUCAGCAGCAGCACCAGGAUAUUUUGAUCCAUUAAAUAAUCAUGUAGAUGGAAGUUUAUUAGUUAAUAACCCAUUUUAUUUAACAUAUCCUUUAAUAAUAGGAGAAAAUGGAUUAAAUAUAGCUAAAGAAAAUAUAGUUGCACUUUCAAUUGGGUCUGGAUAUCCAACAGUUCCUUAUUAUGAUAUAGAACAAAUGGGAAAUGCUGGACUUAUUCAAUGGUUAAUAAAAUUAUCGGACUUUAAUAUAUUUGCAAGAAAAGAAAUGGGAGUAGCAGAAUCAAGAAUGAUGUUUAAAAAUAAUUAUUUUAGAUUAGACCCUCAUCUUCCUAUUGAAGUAGAUAUUGCUGAUGCAAAAAAUAUAGAAGCUAUUAAAGUUAUGGGAAAAGAACAAAAUUUAGAUAAAGUUAUUGAAUGGAUUAAAAAUACAUGGUAA